AUGCUGGAGACCACCGUUCGCUACAGCCCGGAGCAGAACGGCGCGGCCGAGCGCCUCAACCGCACCCUGCUGGACAAGACACCGCACAAUUGUGUUUCCCCACCCCAUUCCCAGUUGAUAGACACUUGUGCCACUCCCUUUCGUGCACCUGACCCAGCCAUUAUGCUCACCGAUACCAUGAUGCCUUUGUGCCGCAUCGUACCCGCAUCGUAUCAGGAAUAUCCCAAGUAUAUGCCGGGAAUAUGCUCCUCCACCCCAGAUCUAUUUAACGCCGCCUCUAGUGCGAAUUUACUACACUUGCUGCCUUUGUAA